CAGCUCCCAAUCGCCGCCGUUGCCGGAGAAGUCUGGGCCUCGCUUUGCCAUGGUGUCCUGGAUCAUCUCCCGGCUGGUGGUUCUGGUUUUUGGCACCCUGUACCCUGCCUAUUCUUCUUACAAAGCUGUGAAGACGAAAAAUGUGAAAGAAUAUGUUAAAUGGAUGAUGUAUUGGAUUGUGUUUGCCUUCUUCACCACAGCAGAAACACUCACAGACAUCAUUCUGUCUUGGUUUCCCUUUUAUUUCGAGUUGAAAAUCGCAUUUGUGAUCUGGCUGCUCUCUCCUUAUACCAAGGGAUCCAGUGUCCUGUACAGGAAGUUUGUUCACCCAACGCUCUCCAAUAAGGAGAAGGAGAUAGAUGAAUAUAUUAGCCAGGCCCGUGACAAGAGUUAUGAAACUAUGAUGCGUGUUGGCAAGCGAGGAUUAAAUCUGGCAGCAAAUGCAGCAGUUACUGCAGCUGCAAAGGGCCAGGGGGUUCUGUCUGAAAAACUUCGGAGUUUCAGCAUGCAAGACUUGACUUUGAUUCGAGAUGAUGACACAAUGCAUUUGCAAAGCCCCGAGUCACACAUGCAUACGUCUUCUAAGGGCCAUCUUGAAACUAUUGAUGAUUCAGGUGCCUCUUAUUUCUCUUCAUCUGAGGACAUGGCUAUGACUCAGAGACAUAAUGGAACACAGUCUGAUUCUAGAACUGAACCAUCUGAUGAUGAUACAGGAGACAAAGUUCCCAAACGAACCCAGAGCCUUAAAGCUCCUAAGAAAACAAUAAAGACUGAGCCUCCACAGAAGGCAGUGAAAGCCCGUCCCAAGAAGAAAGCCACAAGCUCCACUGCUGUUGGCGAAUCGGCCUAAGGACAAUCCAGCUGAAAGUCUGUCCCAGAGCGCUCUUCUGCCACUGUGAGGGACACUCUCCAAGGAAUGGGAGCUGGGAUCAUGUACAUAACAGCUACUGCUUUGUAGAGCUCAUUCCCAGGCGAGAUGGUGAUUGAAA